AUGUGGGAAAAUAUUGAAUAUCAAGCUGAAAGUAAAUUCUACGAAGUCGUUUGGUUCAAUGAAAAAUUCUCCGAUUUUAAGAACAGUGUCGAUGCAUCAAUACGGGCUCGUUCUUUAAAGCCACAUAUGAAAACAUUUUUUGAUCCUGAAGAAUGUUGGAAUUUUAUCCAUGAUACCAAUGUUGAUUAUUUAUUUUUUAUUAUGCCAUUUAACCCAUUCUCAUCAGUCGAUAAUGAAAUUUUAACAAGAGCCAAUGCUCUACUACAAGUUUCAUUCAUCUAUCUUCUUUCGACGGUUGAAAUAUGCAAUGAUCAAGUUCGAUAUUUUGAAAAAGUUCGUCAUAUUUGUUCAAGCGAAGAUAUCCUUAUCGAAAAACUAUAUGCAGAUGUGCGCGAUUGCAAGGAGAAUUCAUCAUCGAGUUUCAGUUUAUUAGAAAUAGGGCAGUCAACUCACAACUUAACGAAAGCGUCAGGCGCAUUCAUCUGGCGUCAACUUUACUUGGAAGCUCUUUUUCAUACAUUCGAUGGUGAACAAGCAAAACUUGAUAUGGUUGAAUAUUGUCGAAAUUAUUAUGCAGAUGACAAAGCUGAACUGGACAAAAUUUCUUAUUUCGAAUUAAACUAUCGAUCAGACGAUGCCAUUAAAUGGUAUACACGAGAUUCAUUUCUGUAUCGUCUAUUGAAUCGAACACUUCGUUCAGAAAACAUCGAUGAUAUCUAUAAAUUUCGUUUCAUUCUAUCAGAGCUCUACACUCGUCUAAUUGAAUUGCAUUGCGAUUAUCUUCAAACAUUGCUUGAUCUGGACCUCAUUCCUUAUACUUUGACAGUUUAUCGUGGCCAGCUCAUAGCACCACAAGAACUCGACAGACUAAAACGAAGUCUUGGAUCAUUGAUUGCCAUGAACACAUUUUUAUCGACAUCAUUCGAUCAAAAUGCUUCUCUUAUGUUUGCAGGCAAUGGGCAACGUCGUCCUAAUUAUGAGUCUGUUCUCUUCGCUAUCGAUAUUGAUACAAGCACAACUACCACGCCUUUUGCUGACAUUGAUAAGUAUAGCUGGAAUAAUUCUGAGCAGGAAAUUCUCAUAUUAGUCGGGGCUAUGUUUAAGAUUAUGAAUAUUCAAUAUGAAAAUAAUGUAUGGAUCAUUAAACUGCAAACAUGUGAUUCGCAACAUAUUCGAAAGCUACAAGAGCAUUAUUAUCCCAAGCUAUUGAAUGAAUUUAACACCGAAGCAGCAUUCUAUAUCUGUAUGGUCAACUAUUAUACUGUUAUGGCUGACAUAAAGCGAAGCAACAGUUAUUUAAAGGAGUUCUACAGAUUAGAUAACAGCAAUAGUCCUUUGACGGAAAUUCAAAUGAGAAAGAUGGCAGUAUUUAAUUCAGAAAUGGUAAUCAAGGUGAGAGAGCAAGAGCUUGCAUUGACUACAGAUCAAGAUAUGCGGUUGUCAUGGUUACUGCGAAUCGCGCAACUACAUAUUGAAGACAACAAUUUUAUGAAAGCAAUCGAAUGUAUUGAACAAUGUCGACCACUGGUUUUUGGUAGCUUCAGGCCUCUGAAACUACUCCAUUUAGCGAAUUUCUUAGAAACACUCGGACUACUCUGUGAUGGCCAGGAGAAACAUGAAGAAGCUUUAAAGUUAUUCGAAAUAAUGUUACGCAUUUAUACUGCAUAUUUACCAUCAAUAGCUUUGGAAAUCGCAAAUGCUCAUGAUAUUAUUGGAAUGACGCAUUUUUACUUGGGUAGCUAUUCUGAUGCGAUUCUACAUUUCAACUAUUCUCUCGAUAUAUAUCGUCAAUGUUUACCAUUGGAACAUUUUUCUAUCGGUGAUUGUUAUCAGCACAUGGGAUUAGUGUAUUUUCGUAGCGGUUGUACAAUACAAGCUAAAAGAUGUUAUGACUCCGCUUCUGAGUUAUAUGAAAAAUGUUCACAAACCAAUCCAGCAAGAAUGGGAAAAAUAUAUCAUUGUCAAGCUCAUCUUUAUGCGGUUGCUAAUAACAAUGAAGAAGCAUUGCAUGCAUAUCAAAAAGCAGAACAAAUCUAUCGAUCAUUUUUACCACACGACCAUUGUUUUUUUGCUGGUCUCUACAGUGAUUUGGGAGAACUGCACAAUUGUAUGAAUGAUUUAGAUCAAGCCUUGCAGUAUUUGAAUACAGCAUUAAUGAUUGAAAGCAAUCAUAAUCCUUGUCAAAAAACACGUCUUUUAGGCACUCUUCAUUUGCAUAUUGGACGCAAUUAUUUCAUGCGAGGCUCAUAUUCUACUUGUCUGAACAAUUUUUCGAUAGCAGCCGUAAUAUUUCAACGUCACUUACCACUUCAUAAUGAGACAUUUCAAGAGAUUCUGCAUUACAUAGCGCGAGCCUACUACCGAUUGAAUAAGUACGAAGAAUCUCUCGCGAACUAUAAAUUGCUACUCAAUUUAGAUAUGCCUAUUGAAUCGGAAACGGCCUUUGAAAUUUUCUAUUCUAUUGGACGCUUGUUUCUGAAAAUGAAGCAACCAAAAGAAGCUUUAGAAUACUUCGAAGCAUGUCUCAACUUAAGCGCCACAAUUGCUUCAUUAUUUUCUAAUGAUCGUCUUCUUCACGUAUAUCGAUAUCAAGGUUUGGCUUUUUUCCGUCUGAAAGAAUAUUCACAUGCAUUGGAUUCUUUUAAUCAUGCACUGACAUUGUGCACUACCAUUAAAGACUUUGUCGUGACUUAUAAUGAACUGAGAAAACUAUACCAUGUUCAAAGAAAUUUCGAACUCGAAUUAUACUACGCUCGUUUAGUUUUAGACAAAUCAAUGGAAGAUCCACAACAAUGCGAAUUUAUACUUGGUCACUCUUAUUUGAAUAUUGGACAAGCUUACUUUCAUUUAUAUGAAUAUGAGAAAGCAUUGCCAUUUUUACACAAGAGUAAAGAAAUAUUUGAUCCCUUAGAAGAUCGUGUCAAUAUAAGCAAUGCUGUAGAGUACAUUGCUGUGAGCUAUUAUCAAAUAGAUAACUACGAACAAGCUGAAUUAUUUACAUUACAAAGAUUGGAGCUGUUACGCAGAUUUCAUCAAAAUAAUGAGUCUUCUCCCGACUUUCCUUAUGCAUACAGUCGUUUGGCUCGCAUUAAAUGUGAACAAAAGUGCUACAAUGAAGCGGAAGAGCUAAGCGAAAAAGCACUUUGUCUGCGUAGAUAA